GCAGCAUCGCUGCAGGGGCAAAAUGUUGGCCUGCUGAGCAUCGAGCAAGCCCUCGCCGAUUACGCAGUGCUCAUCACGUGGCUGAAGGAGCAGUACCAAGCGCAGGACUCUCCUGUCAUCGCUUUUGGAGGCAGUUACGGAGGAAUGCUCAGCGCAUACAUGAGAUUGAAGUAUCCCAACCUAGUGGCUGGUGCCCUCGCUGCCAGCGCCCCUGUGCUGUCCACGGCUGGGAUCGGAGACUCCAGGCAGUUCUUCAGGGACGUCACAGCGGACUUUCAGAACUACAGUCCGGACUGCGUCAAGGCUGUCCGAGAAGCGUUCCGACAAAUCAGAGACCUCAGCCUGGUCGGAGCUUAUGGGAGAAUCAGCACGGAGAUGGCCCUCUGCAACCAGCUUUCAACUAAAGAGGACAUCGGCCAGCUGUUUGAGUUUGCCCGGAACGCCUUCACCAUGAUGGCUAUGAUGGAUUACCCUUACAAGACCGACUUUAUGGGCCACUUUCCAGCAAAUCCCGUCAAGGUUGGCUGUGAACUGAUGCUGGCCAGUAAGGAUCCAGUCAGAGGGCUGGCAGCUCUUUCUGGAGUAUUUUACAACUCCACGGGGACUACUGUGUGUUUCGACAUUUACAAGCUGUACCAGAAGUGCUCUGAUCCAACCGGCUGUGGGACGGGUCCAGAUGCUGGAGCUUGGGAUUAUCAGGCCUGCACGGAGGUCAACUUAAUGUUCGACAGCAACAACGUGACCGACAUGUUCCCCGAGCUGCCCUUCACCGAUGCCGCCAGGGAACGCCACUGCUUCCGCAAGUGGGGAGUUUGGCCCCGGCCGUCCUGGUUGCGGACCAGCUUCUGGGGCAGCGAUCUGGCUGCUGCAAGCAACAUCAUCUUUUCGAACGGAGACUUGGACCCAUGGGCAGCAGGCGGCGUGAGGAAGAACCUGAGCUCCUCCUUGACUGCUCUCAUCAUUAAGGGAGGCGCCCAUCACCUGGAUCUCCGGAGCUCCAACCCAGCUGAUCCGGCAUCAGCCAGGGAAGCCCGGCUUCAGGAAGCCAGGAUCAUCCGGGACUGGGUGCAGUCGGCCACCGUUAAGGCCGCCAAGUAAUCUCUGGGUUGCCAGCCAGUGUCUAGCAGAACCCCCCAGGACUGUUGGGGGCGAAGGGGGGGAAUCUGCAUGAUGUCCUCUUUAGGCAGUGACGUUUUCUUUCCACAAUGCUGAAGAAUAAUGAAUAAAGCAGAAGAUCCCUCCAGAGUAA